AGCCGCCGCCGCUGCUGCUGCCGCCGCCGCCGCCGCCGGGGCUGCUGCUCCGGCUGCUGCAGGAGGCGGCGCUGGCUGGCGGCUGCGCUCGCUCCAGUCAGCGAGCGGAGGAGCGAGCGUGUGUGUGUGUUUUUUAAAGAUGGCCGGAGCGGCGGCGGCGGUGGCCGCGGGAGCAGCAGCUGGAGCCGCCGCGGCAGCGGGGUCGGUGUCCGCUCCGGGUCGGGCCUCGGCGCCCCCUCCGCCUCCGCCCGUGUACUGUGUAUGCCGGCAGCCGUACGACGUGAACCGCUUCAUGAUCGAGUGCGAUGUCUGCAAGGACUGGUUCCACGGCAGCUGUGUUGGCGUGGAAGAGCAUCAUGCUGUGGACAUUGACCUGUACCACUGCCCGGACUGUGCAGCUCUACACGGCUCUUCCUUAAUGAAGAAGAGGAGGAACUGGCACAGGCAUGACUACACAGAAGUGGAUGAUGGCUCCAAACCUGUUCAAGCUGGAACUAGGGCCUUUGUUAAAGAACUACGUUCUCGAGUCUUCCCAAGUGCCGAUGAAAUCAUUGUAAAGAUGCAUGGCAGUCAGCUGACACAAAGAUAUCUGGAGAAACAUGGAUUUGAUGUCCCUAUUAUGGUCCCUAAAUUAGAUGACCUUGGACUCAGGCUCCCUUCACCUGCUUUUUCAGUGAUGGAUGUGGAACGUUAUGUAGGUGGUGACAAAGUGAUAGAUGUUAUUGAUGUGGCAAGGCAGGCGGACAGCAAAAUGACACUUCACAAUUAUGUUAAAUACUUCAUGAAUCCUGACAGACCAAAAGUGCUAAAUGUGAUCAGCCUUGAAUUUUCGGAUACAAAAAUGUCUGAAUUGGUGGAGGUUCCUGAUAUAGCCAGAAAACUUUCAUGGGUGGAAAAUUACUGGCCAGAUGAUUCAGUCUUCCCCAAGCCCUUUGUCCAGAAAUACUGCUUAAUGGGAGUUCAAGAUAGCUAUACAGAUUUCCACAUUGACUUUGGUGGGACUUCAGUCUGGUACCAUGUCCUUUGGGGUGAGAAGAUUUUUUAUUUGAUAAAGCCAACAAAUGAAAAUUUGGCACUCUAUGAAUCUUGGAGUUCAUCUGUGACCCAGAGUGAGGUGUUCUUUGGAGAUAAAGUAGAUAAAUGCUACAAAUGUGUGGUAAAGCAGGGACAUACUUUGUUUGUUCCUACAGGGUGGAUCCAUGCUGUGCUCACUUCUCAGGACUGUAUGGCUUUUGGAGGGAACUUUCUGCACAACCUCAACAUUGGCAUGCAGCUCAGGUGUUAUGAGAUGGAAAAAAGACUAAAAACACCAGAUCUUUUCAAAUUUCCUUUCUUUGAAGCCAUAUGCUGGUUUGUAGCCAAAAGUUUGCUGGAAACCUUGAAAGAACUGAAAGAAGAUGGUUUCCAGCCUCAAAGUUACUUAGUACAGGGAGUAAAAGCACUGCAUACUGCUUUAAAAUUAUGGAUGAAAAAAGAACUUGUAUCUGAACAUGCCUUUGAGAUUCCAGACAAUGUUAGACCUGGGCAUCUUAUUAAGGAACUUUCUAAAGUAAUUCGAGCAAUAGAGGAGGAAAAUGGCAAACCAGUUAAAUCUCAGGGAAUUCCUUCUGUGUGUCCAGUUUCACGGCCUUCAAAUGAGGCAUCUCCACCAUAUCAUUCCCGGAGAAAGAUGAGGAAACUUCGAGAUCAUAAUGUCCGAACUCCUUCUAACCUUGACAUUCUUGAGCUCCAUACAAGGGAAGUCCUCAAAAGAUUAGAGAUGUGUCCAUGGGAGGAGGACCUACUGAGCUCUAAACUGAAUGGAAAAUUCAACAAACAUCUCCAGCCAUCUUCCACAGUACCUGAGUGGAGAGCGAAAGAUAAUGAUCUACGAUUACUGCUGACAAAUGGAAGAAUAAUUAAAGAUGAGAGACAGCUGUUUGCAGAUCGAAGUCUUUAUACAGCAGAUAGUGAAAAUGAAGAGGACAAGAAGCCAACACAGAAUGCAAACAUGAAGACAGAACAGAGCUCAGGAAGAGAGGAGGCCGAAAGUCAAGGCUCUCCCAAACCACUCAACAGAAUCUUUACAAGUGUGAGAUCGGAACUCAGGAGUAGACCGUCAGAAUAUUCUGAUGGUUCUGAUUCAGAAGACUCUGGACCCGACUGCACUGCACUGAAAAUUAACUUUGCCACUGAAGAUUCUGAAAGUUCAGGUGAUGAAAAGAAACAUGAAAUAACAUCACACUUUAAAGAAGAGUCUGAUAUAGUGAGGAACCUCCUUCAGAAGAGCCAGAAGCCAUCUAGACAGGAAAUCCCAGUUAAAAGGGAAUGUCCUACCUCGACGAGCACAGAGGAAGAAGCUAUUCAGGGCAUGCUGUCCAUGGCAGGGUUGCACUAUUCCUCGUGUUUACAAAGGCAGAUACAAAGCACAGAUUGCAGUGGUGAGAAGAACUCUCUCCAGGAUCCCAGCAGCUGCCACGGCAGUAACCCUGAGUUUAGGCAGUUGUAUCGCUGCAAUAAACCAGUGGAAUUUGGAUACCAUGCCAAGACUGAAGAUCAGGAUUUGAUGACUUCUUCCUGGAAUAAACAGUUUGAUCGAACUUCCAGAUUUAAUGCUCAGGACUUAAGUAGAAGCCAGAAACACAUCAAAAAGGAAAGCUCUUCAGAAAUCAAUCAGAAGGCACAAAGCAGGCAUUGUGUGGACAGCAAUAGCUCAAGCAUUCAGAAUGGAAAGUACACGCUGAAUCCCAGCUUGGUUUCAUGCCAGAUAAGUAAUGGCAGCCUGAGCCCAGAAAGGCCUAUUGGUGAAACUUCUUUUUCAAUGCCCCUUCACCCCACCAAGAGACCUGCAUCAAACCCACCACCUAUCAGCAACCAGGCAACAAAAGGUAAACGUCCAAAAAAAGGAAUGGCAACAGCCAAACAACGUCUUGGGAAGAUUCUGAAAUUGAACAGAAAUGGCCAUGCUCGCUUCUUCGUGUGACAGAGCUGCUGGUACAGUCACUCUUCCCUUUGGAUGCCGGUCUCGGGGCGUGGAAGCCGGAGUUCCCCCUCCCCCUGCCUGGAGCAGUUUGUGUGUACAGUAUGAAUACUGCCUGAAGAACAGAAUGGACCUGAUGCUGCAUUUUCACUGUGCCACACCCACUCAGCAAUAACCCUUGGACCUGGUGGGGAGAGGAAGGCAGAGGGUAGUAGAACCUUAAAAAGAGACCUUGAACUGGAAAGGGGUCUCUUGUCAGGGCUUGAAUUUAAUUUUGUUGUUGGUAGUGUCUUGAUUUUAUUUUUCAGUAGUAGGAUAAAGAAUUAUCAAUAAUUUAUUUAACAGAUUUUUUUUUAAAGUUAACAGCUUUUAAUUUCUUUCUUUUUUUUAAAGCUAUUUAUUUGGAAGAUUUCUGGAGAAAUAUCUCACUAAUUUAGAUUUAAGAAUGUGAAGGUUUUUAAAUUAUUUUUGAUAGUGUGUGUGUUACAUGUGGAGAAGAGCCGCAGUAACAGUAGCUAGUCUGGACUCUUAAAUUUGAUAUUCAGGUUAAAGUCUUAAACAGGGAUUUGAUGCAUUAAUUAUUUUAAAUUAAGAUGUAUAUGAAAUCAUUUUAUUUUAUAUAUUUCAUGUGUUUUUAUAAGCUAUUAGCUUCGCUUUUGCUAACAUCCAAGGUGCAUACUAUAAUCCAGGUUGAUUCCCUUAUACCCUACCUUCCCUCUGCAGCCCAGUCCCCAAUGUUUUGAGACAACCCAAGACUCUUCUCUUUGCAGGGAAACAUGUUCAUAGCCAAUGUUAAAGAACCACAUAAAAGAGUCCUCAUUUCUCAUUUCUUUUGACAUUGUGGUUUUCUUCUACAAGUAACGAAUCUGGCUUGUUUUAUUUUCAUUUUUCUGGGUCCCAAAGAGAACAGCUUUAAUGUCUUUUUCCUGCUUAUAGGGAAAGUAUAAGUUUGGUUAAAAUGUCAUGUUUGUUGUCUUUCCAAAAACCUUUAUAAUUACAGAGGGCCUUCUUCAAUACUGCUGGUGUUGGAAGAGCCAACAUCUAUCACAGGCUUUUAUUAUCUAGACAUCAUUUUUUUAAGAAAUACAAUUUGAUUUAGGAUGUUCAAAUCUGCAUAAAAGCCGUAAUAUAUACCAUAUUAAGUUGUAUAAUAGCAAGCAUGUUGGAAUAGAUCUUUGUGUGUGUGUGUGUGUAUGCUACUUUUUUUUUUUUAAUUUUCUGAAGAAUUAAUACUGAUUUGGAGUAAAAUGGGUGCUUUUGCAGUUUCUUCCAUAUGUCUUGGCUAGUAGGAUAUGGAGGUUAAGUGACUGGGUGAACUUUAAGAUAAUAAUUUAUCUCCUUUAUGUACAAUUUUUACUUAAAUGCAAUUUUUCAGUGGCUUAUAAUAGUUUUUAGUAUCUCCAUUUUCCCCUCAUGACAUAAAAAUAAGUUGAUAUUGGGGGUCUGAUGAUACCACAUUUUACAAAUUCCUACAAAGACAAUAUAGGCAAAUAACAUGAAAUUUAUUUUUAUGGAGAAAUAUGGCUAUAUAAUGGAUUUGUUCUUUUCAAUUCAGCAAGGCAGGUAGACUUUUACUUCUGUAUUAAGCAUUAAGUUGAAAGGAAAUAAUUAUGCACCAUUAUCUUUCAUAGUUGCAUUCAAAAUACGUAUUUCCAAAGAGAAACAUUUCUUAUUCUGUCUCUUUUACAAUAUUUAAUGGGAUAAGGAAGUUACGAAUUCACCUUCUGGUCCAGAUUGUCUGGACCAAAGUUUCCAUUGUAUUUUGAGUGUCCGGAAGAAGGAUUUUUAAGGAGUUCUUCAUAUCUGUAGAUAGCAUCCCUAGCCCCUGCCUACACAAUGCCAUAACUAGUGGAGAGAGGGAUACAGUCAGCUGGUUGUUGUAUUUCAACAUGCAGAAAUCUGAAUGUGACUGAUCACUCACCUUUCCACAAUAUAUCACUGUGAUGUCUUAGUUUCCUGUCUUAUUGUUAGAUCACAUAUUUUUAUUUGGGUUAAAAAAUAAUAGUGAUGACUUCUUUUUCCAGUUAUGAUCUAGAUUUGUUUUAAACAACUCAAAAUAUUUUAAUUAUUUUGCUUUUUGGCCUUAAAAGUUAAAAUUUAUUCUUAUGAAUUAAAAUUAUGGCCAGUAUCUUCCCUGUGCCCUUAGGCUGAUGAACACUAAUUUUGGGUUGCCACAUAUGUAGUGUUUUAAAUGACAGUUUUGUGGAUUCAUUUUAAAAAAUCAUUUUAGCCUAUUAAUGGACUAAAUGACAAAACUUUUAGCCAGUUAAUAUAGCCACUAUGAAAGAAUCCAGGUAUAUUUCUUCACUGAUAAAAAUUCAGCUACACAGCCAAUGAUUUUUCUAGUCAAACUUCUUCUAAAGUUCUCCAUCUGUGGUGUGUCCUUUUAUCUCAUAGAAAUGGCUGGACUUUGAAGUGUGACUACUGCUAGGAUCUGGGCUCAGUAAUAGGUAGUCUCUGUCUUUCCCAUAUUCUCACAAGUAGUAUACCGCAGCUUAAGUCAGAAGAUAUUGGCGAUAGCAUUAGUUAGCUAUAAGCAAAUAAAAUGUGUAAAAUUGAGAAACAGCGACUUGCACAUGCAGCUUUAAUAGUAGUGGUGACCCUGUCUUAAUUCAGCUAAGUGACCCUUAACCUGGGAUCUACUGUACUGUAAUUUUCAACACUAUAGAAUAUUAUGCUCCCCAGUAUUGGUGAAUGGUUAGCAAUACAAAACUGGCAGCUUAGUAGUUCAGGAUCUUUGGAAUACAUUGAAAUUCAUAAAUGAAGUUCAUUUUUGAAGCACACAAUUCAAAUCAUUAACUCAGACGAGACAAGUCCAUUUAUAUGGCUAAAUACUUAGCUUGAAUACUCUUCUGUAUUUUACUAAUCCUAAUUAAUUCCUUUUCCAUGUAUUUUACUGUACUUAUCCAUAAGAGAUCAGCAGGUAUUAUCAGACACUCACUGAGUGCUCAGAAAUAGUGAGGACUGUGAGGAACCUCAAGUUCAGUUUUGUCUGUCCGUUUGUCUGUCCGUGAAGGUGUCUUCUCCAGGAGGUUUGCAGUGUUGUUUUGACUUCUAAACAAAGUUGAGCAGAAGGUGGCCCAUUUGUAAACAGAACAAACAAAACAAAACCCAACUUCAUUAGUUUCAAUGAGAUAUACCACUGUAGAAGUGGAAGUGUUUAAAAACAAAAUACUCAAGUUCUUUAACAUUUAAGAAAAAUUCUAGCCGGGCAGUGGUGGUGCACGCCUUUAAUCCCAGCACUUGGGAGGCAGAGGCAAGUGGACUUCUGAGUUCGAGGCCAGCCUGGUCUACAGAGUAAAUUCCAGGACAGCCAGGGCUACACAGAGAAACCCUGUCUCAAAAAAAAAAAAAAAAAAAGAAAGAAAAGAAAAAUUCUAGCCUGGCAGUGGUGGUGCUCGCCUUUAAUCUCAGCACUUGGGAGGCAGACAGAGGCAGGCAGAUUUCUGAGUUCUAGGACAGCCUAGUCUACAGAGUGAGUUCCAGGACAGCCAGGGCUACAGAGAAACCCUCUGUGGGAAAACCAGGAAAAGAAAAGAAAAAUUCUACAAGUUAGUCAUUUCUGUAUGGUAUAGCUUGGAAGGAAGCAAAAGACCUGUAUUUUAGUCCAUGUUCUGCCAGUUAUCAGCCAAGCAAUGCUGAGUCAGUAGAUUAUUCUGAAUCUUAUCUUUUAAGUCCCAGUUUUCUUGUUUGUGACUGUGGAUUAAAAACUACUCAAUGAAGAAACAGCAUUCUUCAGGUAUUAUGUUAUGUCAUACUUGGUUAAUUAUUAAGUUACAACUGAUGAUGAAUGCACCUUUCGAGAGUACUUUUAAGUAAAAAUAUACACCCAGGACAUGCUAUCUAAAAAUCUGACAAAUUCCUAACAAGGUGCUGAAUUAGAAUCAGGUUUUAUCCUUGAAGUGAAAGAAAAAGAAAUGAGCUUCAUUGUGGACAGAUGAGUGAGAGCAUCCAUCAGCAAGUCAUCGAUGGUUAGUUAGCACAGCAGAGGAGCUAGCUUUCGGUUUUUCUCAAAGAGGAAUUAGUAUAGUACUCUUCUCUAUAUUUGGCCUACUCUUUGGGUACUAAAGAUAAAAGAGGUGGUAAAUUUAAAAUGAUUUAGCAGCUACCCAUGGAGUUAGGGGAAAAAUAAGGUGAUGAGGAAAAACCUUUUCAAAGGCAGUUGUGGGCUAGGUACUAUGACAGCCCAGGGAGAGAGAGAAGUCAGAAGUAGUAUAGAAAGGAGAUGUGUUCAGAAAUGAGUGUCCACUUGCUUCAGAUGUCCUGCAGUGUGAGACAGUCCUUGGGAAUCGGUGGGAAUCAUGAUGGCCUAGUAUACUGCUGCCAGAGAGACACCAUAGCAAAUGUGCAUUUUUGCUAUUCACAUGGAAACAUGAAACUUCAUAAUGCAAAUCUAAAUCUCUCUCAAAAAUUCAUUUUUCCCAUUAUAAAACUAAUUGCUCCCUAUGUAAAAGAGAAUGUCUCGCCUUUCAUAUGUGCAAGGCCCUGGGACUUGAUCCCUAGCACCACACAGAGAUCAAGAGGAGCUGAGGCUUCUAGACUGUUACGGGUGUCCUAGACUUUCAUCUAAUACAAUCUCAAGAAUUACACAUUACAGCUUUUGUCUAGGGAGAGCUAGCUAGUCAAUAAGGGUGACCAGUGUAACCCAGAGAGGAUAGAUUUGCCUAGAGACACCAGUGGCUUUAGGAUCUCUGGUAUCUUGUUUUCUUACAUGGACCCCAUUCUUUGACACUGCGGCCUCUGCUUGUCUUGUAGACACUGUCCAUAUAUGUUAUUGAAGCUAGACAAAAAGAAUUAUACUCCCUGAAUUGCUGUUGUGCGUAGUUACCCUCAGCCUUACUACUAACCCUUUCCUUAUUUUGCUUUCAUGCUGUAAGUGAAAACAAAUAUUUGAUACCCUUUCUAUAAACAUUUUUUUAAAGGUUUUUAAGAAGCAAAUGUCCAUUUCCAAAGCAGCUGGCAUAUCAUCAGUACCACGGCUUUAUUCUUCUAUAGUAAGUCUCCCCUCUUUACUGGGGAGAAAAAAAAUUCUCACUGGAGAAACCCUUAGGUUCCCUGUCACCUCUGGUGCCCUUCUAGUUUCUUAAGGCUUUGUCUUAACUGUGAUAUUACACUUAUGUUUAAAACCUCUUAAAGGUGUAUUCGAGGAUUCUUCCAACCAAUGUAUCUGCUCUGCACUAUUCAUUAAUGGAACCCUGGCUACCACGUAGCCCCUGACCUCCAAGUAGUUUACCUAUGCAAGACCUGUGACACUCUGGAUUCAUUUUCCAUUACAGAAAGCAGUCAUUAAUGUGAUUUAAUCAUAAAGAUUUGUCUUCAAGUUUUUUCCUUUUUUUUUUCAAAAUAUCAGCUAUUUCCCUCUGUAUUUUUUACCAAAACAAUUAUCAUAAGUGCUAGAAUAUAUACUAUUUUGCAGGAAUAAAAUAACCAAGACAUAAUAUAUUUCUUUGGUGGAUUUUGUUUUGUAAGAAAUGCCAGCACUAACUAUAUAGAGUUGAUUCUUUGCCUAGAAUAAUUUUUUUCCCUUUUAAGAGUCAUAAGUAACAUUUUAUUUUCACAAAGCAUGCAUAUAACUUACACAAUAUAGUCAGGGACCUGAGGUGUAACUUGCUAAGUGAACCCCAAGGUUAUUUUAUCUUGCAAAAGAAACCUAAACCAAACUAAGGGCCUUACAGUUUAUGGUUAGACUGAAUCAAAUGCUGUAACCUCAGUUUUUCCAAAAACAGCUCUUGACUGCACAAGCAGGUCAUGCAGUUGUUAAGUAUGAAAUAGCACUGAUAGGAAAUGCAUGUGCAUCUUUGCAGACUGUAUUUCCUUUGGAAAAGACUUUUCUACUUUUAAUAUAAUUAAGCCAUAACAGUUUCAUGCUGUGGAAAGGAUGAAAAGGUUCAUUUUAAGAGAUUAUAUAGUAUGAACUUUCACAUUUAUUGUGAAACAUCUAACUUUGCCAGUGUUCAGCAAGUUUUCUUUUGGGGUGUUGGAGGGUGGUAAUGGGGAGGGGUAGUGUUGGUUUUAGGGGUUUUAACUAUGUGAAAUUUGAAAUCAGGACAGUUGUUGGCUAUGGUACUUACUAGUUUUGUAGUAAUGUUUUGCUAGCCUGACUUUCCUUACUGGUUUUUAUGUCCAUGGUCCCCGGUGACUGUUACUCUUGUUUGGGGUGUGUGCAUAGUAGUGUCUCAUCUGUGUGUAGGCAGUCAGUGUAUGCACACGGUGUGACAGUGGAACGGGGUGUGGCUGGGAGUGGGGUGCUGGAGCUUUAAGAGCAUUUGUUUUUAUUCAGAACAGUAUUUCCCAUCUUUUGCCUGCAGGCAGGGAAAGUGUACAGUAUUUAUUUUGUUUCUGUUUUACUCUGAAUUUGUAAGUCUCUAAGUAGCUUAUAUUAUUAUUAUAGGGAAGAUAAGUGACUUGCUUAAAGUUGUAUUUAGUAUUCUUACUUUCUAAUUUCUGUAUUUUAAAAUAUUGAAAUUAAAAUUGUAUUACUUUUGUUCUGAUUUUUUUAGCACUCAGUGUAUUCUUUGCUCAUUUUGUCUAAAAGUAUAAAUGUUGAAAGUUGUAUAAAAAUGUCUGAAAGAAAAAAAUCUGAAUUCUAUAUAC